AUCGCCGAUGCGCUCCGCACGCGUUUUAGCCAGCGGCUCUCGCGGGUUUGCGGCUCCUCCCGUCGGCUCCGGCCUUGCUGACUUCAGCGCUUUGCUGAAACCGGGGGAUUAUGUUACGGUUGACUCGAUCUGCAGGGAGCUGAGGAGGAAGGCAGGGAAAGAAGAAUGCGGGUCGAUUUACUGGUGUGCUGCCUUAUUUUCUACACCGUAAAUGGCCAAGUAGAGUACUCCAUCCCCGAAGAAACGGAGCGUGGCGCGCCCGUCGGAAACCUCGCCAAGGACCUGGGCAUCGAGGCCGCGACGCUCCCCUCCCGGAAAUUCCGCAUGAUCACCGGCUCAAGUAAGCAAUAUUUCAACCUCAAUGCGAGCACGGGGGCUUUGUCUGUUAGCGAGCCCGUCGACAGGGAGCAGAUUUGUGCGCUCAAACCCACCUGCUCUCUGAAUUACGAACUGGUGCUGGAAAACCCCUUGGAGCUUUACAAAAUGCAGUUUAAAAUACUGGACGUGAACGACAACGCCCCCACCUUCCCGCUAGACGAGUACCACUUAAACGUGGCCGAGUUCCUGACUCCCGGGGCUCGGUUUAACCUGCCCAACGCCCAAGACCCCGACGAAGGCAUCAACAGCGUCCAGAGCUACACGCUCAGCCCCCACGAACAUUUCCGCCUGGAAAUGCAAACGCGCGGGGAUGGGAGCCGAUACCCGGAGCUGGUGCUGGAAAAGCCCCUGGACCGCGAGCAGCAGGCCACGCACAGGCUUGCGAUCACAGCCAAAGAUGGAGGGAGCCCCCAGCGGUCUGCAGACGCCCGGGUCGUGGUCACCGUCCUUGACACCAAUGAUAACGCCCCCACGUUCGAGCACUCGGUCUACCGGGCCAGUGUCCUGGAAAACUCGCCCAACGGCACGCUGGUGACGCGAGUGCACGCCACGGACUUAGACGAAGGUCAGAACGGGGAGGUCCGCUACGCUUUCAGCAACAGCACCCCUGCGGAGCUCCAGAAGAUCUUCCGCAUCAACCCUCAGACUGGAGAGAUCAAAGUCAGCGGGGUUUUAAACGUCCAGAAGCCCCAGCUGGAGAUGUUCGUUGAGGCAAAGGAUAAGGGAGUCUUUGGGAUGUCCAGCGUAGCCAAACUGCUGGUGGAAAUAGCCGAUGUGAAUAACAACGCCCCAGAGAUCACGGUCACCUCUCUUUCCAGCCCAAUCCCAGAGGAUUCUUCCCUAGGCACAGUGAUCGCGCUCUUGAGUAUUACCGAUGAAGAUCCCGGAGAUAAUGGGAAAGUCAUUUGCCAGCUCCCCACUAACAUCCCUUUCCAACUCAAGUCCUCUUUCGACAGCUACUACAGUUUGGUCACCAGCGGCCUUCUAGAUCGGGAGCGGGUCAGCGGAUAUAACAUCACUGUCACUGCCUCUGACCUGGGCUCCCCUCCCAUCGCCACGCAGAAGACGCUGUGGGUGCAAAUUGCAGAUGUGAACGACAAUCCCCCCAAGUUCCUCAAACAGAUGCGUGAAGUUUCCGUAAUGGAGAACAACAGGCCUGGGGUGUCCCUUUUCCGUGUGUCAGCCUCUGAUCCAGACCUAGGGGAGAAUGGCCGGGUCUCCUAUCUACUCAGGGACAUUGACAUCCAAGGCAGCGCCUUGUCCAGCUAUUUGGCCAUAGAUGUGGACAGUGGAAUCGUCUUCGCAAAGGGCAUUUUUGACUUUGAGCAGCUCCAGAGUUUUCAUUUCCAAGUUGAGGCGAAGGACAACGGCUCGCCAGCCCUGGCUGCCGCUUUUAUCGUCAGUAUCACCAUCCUGGACCAGAAUGACAAUGCCCCAGUUGUCUUGUAUCCAGGGGUGAGAAAUGGCUCAGUGGCAGUGGAGAUUGUGCCUCGUUUGGCAGAUGCUGACUACCUAGUGACCAAGGUGGUAGCCCAUGAUCCAGACAGUGGGCAGAACGCCUGGCUUUCUUACCACCUCCUGCAGUCGUCCGAUACUAGUCUGUUUCGGGUUUCACUGAAUGCUGGAGAGCUCAGGACUUGUCGCUCCAUGAGGUCUAGUGACCCCAUCAAGCACAAAGUGGUGGUCUUAGUGAAAGACAGUGGGGAGCCCCCACUCUCCUCCUCCGUGACCCUGGGCAUCCUGCUGGCUGAUGCUCUUCCGCAAGCGCUCCCAGACUUCGAUGACAGCCUGGAAGCACAUGGGCAGCAGCUGUCCAACUUGAACUUCUACUUGAUCAUUGCUCUAGCCUGCCUUUCCUUUGUCUUCCUUGGUUUUCUAAUCUUCCUUCUCGCCAUUCGACUCUUCCACUGUAGGACUAGCCCCUCCUGCAGUUGCUGCUGUUGCCCCACGGAUGAGUAUGAAAAGUACCGCUACAAUGUGCGGAUGCUCCCAAGCUCUCAUUUUACACCAGAGAUGGUCGAGAUCGCAGGGAUGGGGAAACUUACGCACACCUAUUUGUAUAGGGCGGCCCUGGGUGUUGGGCCUAGCAAUAACAACUUGAUGCCCAAUGGAGAUGCCGGGAACCUUUCCAAGGGGGCGGGAUUGUUACAAGUGCCAGCCUCCUGCAUUCAAGUGCAGAAGGUGAAGAGUGACCACUUCAAUGCCAUUCUGGUGCCAAAACCACCCAAUCCUGAUUGGCGUUAUUCUGCAUCUUUAAGAGCUGGAAUGCAAGGUGCUGUGCACAUGGAGGAGACAGGAGGCUUACGUGGAGGACCUGGAGGACCUGAACAGCAGUGGCCAACCGUAUCUAGUGCAACAACAGACCCUGAGGCCGGUGAGGUGUCCCCUCCAGUAGGAGCUGGCGUGAAUAGCAACAGCUGGACCUUUAAAUAUGGACCUGGCAACUCCAAGCAGCCCGGUCCUGGUGAGUUGCCAGACAAAUUCAUUAUCCCAGGAUCUCCUGCAAUCAUCUCCAUUCGUCAGGAUCCACCAAACAGCCAAAGUGACAAAAGUGACUUCAUAACCUUUGGCAAGAAGGAAGAGACCAAGAAAAAGAAGAAAAAGAAGAAGGGCAACAAGGCUCAAGAGAAAAAAGAAAAGGGCAACAGCGCCACUGACAACAGUGACCAGUGAGGGGUUUAUACUGAACAAUCUACUUAGCCAAUUUUUGUAAUCUUGGAAGAUCUCUCCUAUGUAGCAACUCCCAACUUCUUCCUACUUUUAACCAAUUUCCUGUAUGUGCAAGACUUCAAAAUCCGCAGGGAAUUCACAAUGUCUGUCUAGAUUGCUUAACAGGUUUUGUCUUAAAAGCUUUAUUAAGCCUGGUGUUAACUCUUUUUCUCCACUCUGGCUUGUUUUCAGAAUCUAAAAAGCAGACACAAGUUUCUUUUCUCCUACGCUGAAAAGGAGACUCUUCUUCACAAUACAGCCCGUGCGAGGUUGGACUCUUUGCAUUGUGGUUCCUGUUAUCCUGUCCUGAUGACACUUAUAGGGGAGGGGGGAGGGGAGUGAAUUGUUUUUGGUAUUGUGCACCCUGUAUCUGAUUGGAAGCUUUUGUGUGCUGAUUAUCGGCUAGGUGAUGCAAGAUCAGAUCAAGAUGAUGCAGGAAGAGCUUGUGAAACAUGAACCAAUGAAGUUCCUUGUGAAAUUAAUGUGCAAUGCUGUGUGGCCUGGGGAACUACCUUAAAACUUGCAAUUAGAUUUUUCAUAAUCAGAUCUAGUGUGUAGUACGCUGGGGCUUUUAUAUAUUGUAGAUACACACUCCAGUGAAAAGGAAUAUUCACUCAGACAACUUGUAUACUAUGAAGUAUAUCUUCUUCCAAGCCAUUGGCCAUAUUGCCACAAUAAGGCCUUUGUUCUCCUAGCAAGGAUGUCCCUCAGGGAAUGUCGGCAUGGCAACCUCCCACGCUCUUGGCUCAGUGCUGUAGUGCUAAAGAGGGAGUGUGGGAAAUCUCUCUCUCUCUCUCU